AAUCACUCCUGAGACUUGCUUCAGAAGAAACCUUCUAUCGAUAUCUGUCCUAUUACCUACUUCGUUUGAUGCUGAAUGUUGCUGCAGUUAGCGGGAGCAGUAAUGUCGAGGCUAGAGCUAAAACUGUGUAUAAUAAAAAGGCUGGAAUCCUGACCUUUACGAACACACGGGUGGUAUGGGUGCCAGAUGGUCAAUCCAAACCGACCCUCAACAUAGCUCACUCUAAGAUCUCUAACCUCUUCUGUACGAAGGAAGGCGUUCCGAAGAAGAAGCUCAAACUCAAUGUCACGGACAGCGAUGAAGCAUACAUGUUCCAUUUUACGUCUCCUCCUGCAGUUGCUGAGGCGGAGUUAGCGAAGUUUAAAAGUUUGCUUCUUGAAGUCAUCACGCAGAAUACGACCAAAGCGAGCAUACCGAUUCCCAACGUGACGGGGAAGGCAUCAACACCUUCGAGCCCAUCCACCCCAAUUCCCCGACCCACCACCCCUGCAUAUUCUCGCGCAUCCAGUGCAACACCGUUGAGAAACCAACCCUUCUCGUUUGAGAUCCGUCAAAAGGUCUUGACCACGUCACCUGAGUUGUCCAGUUUGCAUCGAGAACUCGUUGAAACUGGUCAAAUCACAGAAGAGGAAUUCUGGGAAGGAAGAGAGCAUCUUUUAGCGACCGAAAUAGCUGCCAGUCAGCAACGAAAAGGGAAAUCUUCACAGAUCGUAGCGCCGCGUCUCAAGACUGGAGAACAAGGGCAGAUCAUGCUUACAUUGACCCCUCAGCUCCUAGCAGACAUUUUCGAAGAGUUCCCGGUCGUACAGCAAGCGUACGCAGAGAAUGUUCCUAAACCUCUUGGGGAGGCAGAAUUUUGGGAAAGAUAUUUCAGUUCAAAAUUGUUUGACAGACACCGCGCAUCUUCCCGCAAUUCCGUGGCCAAGCCUGAUCCGAUCUUCGACAAGUAUUUGGAGAAGGAAGAUGACGAUACUGAGCCUCUUCACCCACGGAACGAACGUGUGCCGUUAUUCUUGGACCUGGAAGCCACUCAGGGAGAUCAUGCUGAGACGGGGAACGAGAAAGACGUGACUAUGCAAGCGGGUAAACGGAAGAAUGCUAUCCCCAUCAUACGGCGGUUCAAUGAACAUUCGGAGCGUCUGCUGGAGUCCGCUUUAGGCACUAAGGUGACUAAGCAUGGAGACGACGCGCCGGAACAUUACGCUGCGGAGUCUUCGAACUAUGAUUCACAGGUCAUAUUAGACGAUCUUCGAGGAUCACAUCGUCCCCAAGGCUUACCGCUGCAGGUGUCGAAUGCUCAAACUCUCCUGAACGAUGUUGGUCGAGGUCAAGCUGUUGUUUCGUCUGCUGUGUCUAAGCUAUCACCUAUGGAGUUUGAUGACAUUGUCAGCACCAUGUCAAGCAGUCUUGACAAUUGGUCAACGGAAUUAGAGCAGUUUUCAAUAAAGCCUGAUGCUGCUAACGCUGCUGUUCAAGAUAUGAUGACGAACGUCAUGUCCCGAGCCGACCGAACCCAAAGUGACGCCAUCCCCCCGCUCAUACUUCAACAAAUGAGAUCGUGUGCCACCGCAGCAAAUGAGUUUCUGCGUCAGUACUGGAGUACAAUACAUCCACCAUCUAGCGAAACUGGAACCACAUUAGCGGCUUUUUCCAGCGCCACGCCAGCACAGAAAGUGGCUCGGCAGAGCAAGAUGAUCACAUAUUUAGCCAAAACUCACGACAAGGCGAGAGCGAUCAUCGAAAGCGGCCAACGGCAGGGGGUCAGUGUAGCGACCAUGGAAGCUGCAUUUGCUCCACUACUUGUCGCCGUGGAUAAAGCGCUCGCAUCAUAUGAGGCAGAGAGACGUUAAGGAAGGACCACAUAAUUAUUUAAGAUAUGUGUAGUGCGUAUUGACUAAUGCUGUGACUGUCGAGAUCAGCAUGACAGUAUCACACUUGACUGGACAUCAUCCUAAUACCAGCGGGUUCAAAUUUGCCAUAGUGGACCACGUAUGGACUUACUGAACAA